AAACGUGAAUUGCUAAACUCCGUAAACUCUAUGGCGUAUGCCAUGUCUGUCAGAGAGUGGUGCUUCGGCUUCCUGUAACCGCCGUUCCACCGAACAUCGCUUCACUUCCGCCCAUUUGGAAAUCGAUUAAAAUCCUAGUUUUUUCAUCAACAAUUCCAAUUUUCAGUCCUUCAUGUUCUGCAAGCAAUGGAUCCAGACUAUGAAAGAAGAUUGAUAGACGAGGUGAUUUACCUCCACUCGUUAUGGCACCAGGGGCCGCCUACUAGACCAACCCAACAGCCCACACCAUCUGGCCUUCUCCAUCACCCCUACAAUCCCAUACAAUUCAAGAGGCAAGAAGGAAUUAAACCUGCAAGCAGAAAAGGCAGAAAGAACUCCGAUAGAAAACAAUUGCAAGAAUCCCAUAACCCAACUCUAUUGCCUUCUCCAGCUUCCGGAAAAGAAUGGCCUUGCAAUCCCACUUCUAAUUCACCUCCGGCCACCACCUCCGGCUGGGGAACAAGCUGGCCGCAGUCGAGUCCGCAGACCCUUCUACCCUCCUCUGCAGAAAAAGCCAAACUUGCAGCCAGUCAGGCUCAAUUUAAGGCUUUGCAGAUAACUGAAGAAUUUUUUAAGUCUGGUGAUGAUGAUGAUAAGGAGGAUAGUGAGGAUGAUGAUGAUGAUGAUUCGCUGGAGGAGGAAGAGUAUAGGUUUUUCUUUAAAGUAUUUACAGAGGAUAGGGAGUUGAGGGAGUAUUACGAGAAGAAUUAUUAUAAUGGGGAAUUUAAUUGCUUAGUUUGCGGUGGUUUGGGGAAAAAGUUAGCCGGAAAGAAGUUUAAGGAUUGUGUUGCUCUUGUUCAGCAUUCGAUUUCAAUAGCCAAGACGAAGAAGAGGAGAGCUCAUAGGGCUUAUGGGCAGGUAAUUUGCAAGGUUCUUGGAUGGGACCUUGCUAGGCUUCCCACCAUUGUCUCAGCAUUGAGCGAAAAGCGUGAAAUAUGUUUGCAGAAUUCACGCCAGGGUGACGUUGAGGGCCAGGACAAAUGCAAAGCGCAGGAAAAAGUUUGUAAAGGAACUGAGGGUAGUUCUGUUGUCCAUGAAAAUCAGGACAGUCAAUUGGAUGCUAGUAACUCAGGGCAGGCAAAUGUUGGCAAAGGAACUAAUGAUGUUUCAGUUUCUCUGGAAACUAAGGAAGCCCUUGUGAAUGUUAGCAAAGGUGGAGAAUAUCUGCCAAAGGAGUGUGUUUGCACUGAAAUUUUGCCAAAUAAUGGUGGUGAAUCAGCAGAUGCUAAGAUUUCUUCCUCUGGAGCUGAGGCAUCUGAUAGUCCUGAAGUUUUCUGCCAGACAAUUCCAGAGACUCUAGAACAUACAGAAGCUGGACUGGUCAAUGAUGGAUGAGUUCUCUACUGCAUGCUGGCAUCCACUGUUUUGUCCAAGGUCGGUCUGGCUCUUUUAAGUUUGUUAAAUAUUUGCAUUGUGAACUAUUUUGCAGAUGAAGAAUGUACUGGGGAGAAUUUUUCAGUAAUUGAUAAUGGAUAGGUUAAAGUUAGGCUUCCUUAGAUCUCAAACCACAUUAACUAAUAAUCAUGUUCUUCAGAAUUCUGACCAUUGUUGUAGUGGAUAGCCUGUAAGUUGGCUACUUUAUGUUUCACUCUGAAGCAUGUAGCAUUUAGUAUGGAUUAUCUGGUUCCAGGUUGACCUUGUGAAUGUUGAUGCGUCUCCAUGUUUGUGUUUCAUGUUGCACAUGAAUGGAACUUCUCGAUGUUUUCUUUGCCAAAUAAAGUGUUUAUUUUCAAA